AUGACCAUCAUCACGGUCAUCACGGUUGGGAGCCCCACCACGAUGAUCAUCAUGACGACCAUCAUGGAGAACACCACGGUCACGGAGCUGAUUGGCAUCAUGACAACCACAAUGCCCAUGGGUGGGAUGGAGAUCAUUCCCAUGAUCAUCACGAGAAACAAGGCUUCAACAAGGGAGACCAAUCUGACUGGGCUCGUCUCGACUACGGUGGCCACAAAGCCCAUGCCUCUGGAGAUGAAUGGCACUCCAACUACGGACAUGAAGCUGGAGAUGAUCACGGACAUGAUGCUGGCUUUGCCCAUGGAGACGAACAUGGUCAUGCCGGUCACGGAAGCUGGGGACAUCAUGACGGACACCAUGGUCAUCACGGACACGACUGGCAUUAAAUCAAUAGCUGGAGGAAAAAUGACAGUUUUCGAAGCUUGA